GGUGAAGGCUGAUUGAAGCACCAGCCGGGAAGAGAAACUACAGCAAGAGGAAACAGUCCGUACUUGCCCUGCAGAAUUUUUUUGACAGUCUUCAUUAUAUAUAUAUAUAAACAAAAAUGGCGUAUCACAGUCCGUAUAGAGCUCCUCCGCAUAUCAACGCUCCUCCGGAUCAGGGAUUUCUGUGGAAUAUCUUCCAGAGGGUCGACAAGGACCGGAGUGGAGUGAUAUCAGACUCAGAGCUUCAGCAGGCCUUAUCCAAUGGGACAUGGACUCCUUUCAACCCAGUAACUGUGCGCUCCAUCAUAUCCAUGUUUGACCGAGAAAACAAAGGCGGCGUGAACUUCAACGAGUUUGCCGGGGUGUGGAAGUACAUCACGGACUGGCAGAACAUCUUCAGGACCUACGACAGGGACAACUCCGGCUUCAUUGACAAAAACGAGCUGAAGCAGGCGCUGACUGGAUUCGGUGAGCUGCAAAGUUAUCGUCUCUCAGACCAGUUCUACGGCACCCUGAUAGACAAGUUUGACCGUCAGAGGAAGGGACAGGUGGCGUUUGAUGACUUCAUCCAGUGCUGUAUUGUUUUACAGAGGUUGACCGAUGUGUUUAGGCGGUAUGAUACAGACCAGGAUGGCUGGAUCCAGGUUUCAUAUGAACAAUAUCUUUCCAUGGUCUUUAAUGUCGUAUAGCGAACAUGGAAAACCACAAAAGAGCACAACUGGACACAUCUGUGCCAAAGUUCCCAAGACCCUCUGGAUGUCUGCCAAAUUGGACACUACAAGAUUUCUUUAAGCCUAGUUGGGUUGUUUAAAAAUUUAAGAAUAGAUGGUAUUAAGAAGAGAAAAAUCUUGCAGUGUUUUGUUGACAAAUCUGAUCAGUGUCUGUGUUGGGGGACUCAUUAAGGACACGUCUAUCUUUCUUUCUGUCGGUAUGUUUGUUAAUGUUGGCAACAUUGUAAUGUCUUAACUUUAACUGAUGAAAUAACAAAAGAGAUAUGUUAAAAAAUAAAUAAAAUAAUGCAUUGUAAAUAUGAUUUAAAAUGCAUUGCAUGCUUUUCAGGGAAAUUUAGCCCCAGAUUGAAGCAUGCUUUCUCUUUCUCUUUUCCUCUUCCCUUUUUUGCUCAAAGCCAUGUUUACAAAAACUGUGAAAGCAGGUGCUGCUCUGCUUUGGGAUUCACUGACAUGCCAGCUUACAUGCCAUAUUUGUACAAACUUAUUUUUAUCAGCGAAUCUUCAAAUGUUAGAGCCUAAUUUUUGGUAGAGGGUCGGCAUAAUGCCUUUAGUAUGGCUUUUUUUCUGUGCAUGAUGCCUUAAAAUGUGUAAAAAAAUAAAUAAAAAACACAUCUUUUAUUAAAAAAGGCAA